AUCAAGUGUGGUUUGUGUGAGAAAGUUGGUGGGAAUUUUACCGUAAUACCUAAAUCCUUUAUAAGGUGAGCUUUAUACACUCAAGCAUUUACCGGAGUACAGACAAAGACUAACUAAUGACUAACAAAGCUGUUUUCUACAAAAAGGGCAUAACAUUAUCUUACGCUAAUAUUUCCAUUAACUAUCACUGAGACAUUGGAUUGAAACAAUCACUUCCUCUUCCUAGACUUUCCUAGAAUUUGAAUUUUUUUUUCAGUUUUGUAAUUUAUUUCAGAUUUAUAAUUUAAAAUGCAUAAAAAUUACAAAGACAAUUCAUAUGGCUGAGCGAGAAGCAAUGCCUGACAUUAUUUGUGUGAGAGUCGAUGUCUGCUCGGUAACAGUUGUCGCUUAUCAGGUUGCAUUCCAAUUUCAUGUCAUCAUCAUCAUCACAGUCAUCAUAAGCUCUUGGGGUAAUGCUUUGUCUCCUGUUACUAUAGAUGUUUGGGCCUACAAUCAAAUGGCAACUCAUAAGGGUGUAAGGGGGGAAAAAAAGAGAUCAUCAAGGAGGUUUCAAAUAACAGAAUUGAGUAUUUCACUCAAUUGGUAAAAUGAAGAUAGCAGGUAAACUAAAAGGCGGGACAUCUGGGCAGCCAAGCACACAAGUGUAAAUAAGGUGCUUUAAUGUUGCAAAUAGUGUGUUAAAAAUUAGAGCGGGCUUCAGUGAAUGAUUGGUUGGACUGAUGAUGAUGUUUCAUGCUUACUCUCCUCCUCCCAUGGGGUGGGGUGGAAUAUCAACAAGGUCCUGCACCAGCUGACGAGCAUCCCAUUAGCAUCUCUUACAGUGUCCAGGCCACAUCACCGCCCCAAACAGAACCACCAGUCUUUUAAGCUAUAGAGCCAAGGGGAUUGCCUUUUUAGGAGACAUCCGAUUCCCAUGAACAUACCACGGCCAGCAUAAAGAAGCUGUGGAUGAUAACAUGACACCUUAAUGCGAGUGGCCACCCUUGAAACAGAAGGCGCAUUUUCUGUGCACAAUAGACUUGUUACGGACGACUGGUGAAAAGCUAGAGGACAGCUGCGAUAAUGAGAAGCUGGUAAAGAAACAAUGACAAUAAGACUGCUGGCAUUGGAGAAUAUUUUGUUGGAACUUUCGCAGUGAUAUUCCGCUUAGUUUUUCUCUAAGUCCUCUCUGGUGGUGGAGAAAAAGCUACGACUGAAAGGAGUUAAAAACUUUGACUUUUUUUUUUUUUUUUGGGUAGGAUCUUGUGGCCCUGAUUGGUCAGGUGUUCCCAUAACUGCUAAUAAUCUGAACGAUAAAUUGCAGUACCAUGGAGAAAUUCAAGGCAGGUAUGGUUCUGGGUGGUGCCGGCGAUGCAUUGGGCUUCAGAAAAGGCCACUGGGAAAGUUGCACGUCAGGCAGAAAGAUCCAAGAAGAACUGGCCUCCCUGGGCGGUGUGAGAGUACUAAAACUGGGCCCCGAUAACUGGCCGCUCAGUGACGCAACAUUAAUGCACAUGACCACAGCAGAGGCACUCAUUACAGAUUACUGGUGUCUGGAGGACCUUUACCGUGAGCUGGUGCGUCUCUAUGUCGAAGCCAUGGUGUCUCUCCAGGGUAGGAACCCUGAUCCGGCUACAGUGGAAAGCUGUGUUCACCUCAAACCUCACAAUUUUCUCCUUGCUUGGCAUACGCCCUUCAAUGAAAAAGGGUCAGGGUACGGGGCAGCUGCUAAGGCCAUGUGCGUGGGUAUGAGAUAUUGGCAACCUGAGAGACUAGACAGCCUAGUAGAGGUCAGCAUUGAAACGGGCAGGAUGACCCACAAUCAUCCCACAGGUUUCCUGGGUUCCCUGACAACAGCACUGUUUGCAUCCUAUGCAAUCCAGGGGAAACCACUUGGGACUUGGGGCCGUGAGCUCAUGAAAGUCAUCCCUCGCGCUGAGGAGUACUGUAGGAAGACUAUUCGGCAUAUGGCAGAAUAUCAGGAAAACUGGUUCUACUUUGAGGCCAAGUGGCAAUUUUACUUGGAAGAAAGGGAACUAGAAAAAGAAGGUCAGAAUAAACCAUUGUUUGAUAAUCGCUAUGAUGCUGAAGACACAGAUAAGAUGUACAAGCGAUGGAGUUCAGAAGGCCGCGCGGGACGGAGGGGACAUGAUGCCCCUAUGAUAGCCUAUGAUGCCCUUCUGAUUGCAGGAAAUGACUGGGCUGAACUGUGCAGAAGAGCCAUGUUUCAUGGAGGGGAGAGUGAAGCCACAGGCCUAAUCGCUGGUUGCCUCUAUGGCCUUAUGUACGGUCUAAGCCAAGUUCCCUCAAGCCUGUACCAGGAUUUAGACAAAAGGGAACGUUUGGAGGAACUGGGAGAGGCGCUUUACAAAGCAGCAUCAGCAGAGAAGUGCAUAGACAAGUAAAACUGCACUUCACAAGCCGAAUGCCUAUCAAAGGAAUUGCACGACCCAAAGACCCCUCAUCCCUGCACUGUCUUGUACCAGAUUCUUGCUAAUGUAACAUAUCCUCUCUUCACCCUUUCUUUCAAUUCUCCCUGAUUUUGCUAUCCAUAAACCACCUAUCUGCAGCAAAUAACAAAAAACUUGAAAGGUUAGACUAUUGUGCUGUCAACACUUGUCCAAUUAACUAAUCAGCAUCUAUAAAGUAUAUCUCAUAUUACAUAGAAUGGUUUGUAAUAUGUAUGGAUGGGAUUGUGUUUCAUUGCUGUGGGAAGAAGCAAACUUUUGUAACCUUUAACUACAAUACAGCAACCUAAGGAUAACUGCAACGUUAAUUCCCCUUUAUAUGCUAACCGCUAUUUAAGCCCACUGAAACGGCCAUUUUCUCUCGAUCAAUGAUCAAGUUCAACAGUGUGAUGCAUUCAUAAUCUUAUUACUACCUUGUACAUAUUACAUCAUUAAUAUUAUGUCUAAAAGCUCUGAAUGACAUAUACAUUUGAGAGGAAUCUAUCCAAAAGUAGCUUGUCAUUGCUCAGUGCAUUCAAUUCUGUCAUGAAAUAAUUUGUCCACAACAGCGAUGUGUAAUUUCAUGGCACUCAUGUUUCCAGAAGCUGUGAUUGUGAUUUGAACUGUGAGAAACGUAUCAGUUAUAGCAUAUGAAUUAACCAUAACAUAGCAAUGAUUAAACUGUACUUAGCUAUAUAAAGCCCCUGACUCCUUUUCCCUUGACAAUUCAGAAUAAUAAUGUUGAUGUUUUCUCCUAUUUUAAUUUUAUUCUACCCAAAUUAACCUAUUGUGCAAUGAACUAAUCAGUGCUGCCUAAUUAAUGAAAAGCUGGCUGCUAGGCACUAUAAGUACUGUAUUAUUUUUCCCUUUAAAUUAUUUUCAAUAUAGAAUUGUUAAAACUUUUUAGAUUUAUGUUUUAUGCUUGCAUCUGAAAUAUGGUUGCGUGUUUUUUGAACAGGUAACUACUGGUAUACUAAAAAAUGAAUAGAUUUCAUUGAAAAGUGUAUAGCUUCAGUUUGAUGAAUUUACAUACUUUUUACUGUAAUGCAUAUUCAGAUCAUUUUGUGAUUUUUGUAGCUUCAGUUUGAUCAAAGGAAAAUAAUAAUUAUAUUUUGUUUGACACCAGAGAAAAGAAAACUUCAUUCUUGUCACGAUUACUGCACUUAGUUAACAGGUUGUUGGAAGCUGCAUCUCUGUAUCUACCAUGCAAAAUUAAAAUGCACAGUUAGGACGCUA